UGGACCUCUUUUUCAACAUUACUUGGUUGAUGCUUAUAUUAAAGUAGAAGAGACUAGAUUAAAUUAUUUAUGUCUAAAUCAAGUUACUCUUCAAUUAGAAACUUAUAAUGAAUUAACAGAUUAUCUAGAAACUGCAGCUAAUGAACAUA